UCCAAGGUGGCUACCGAAGUUCAGUUUAAAUAGGAAGGCAACUAAGAAGAAAACAAUAGAGCAGCAAAAUUUAGCAGUUGAUUUUGUGAAGUGAUUGAUCACUCAGUGACUGAGAAUGGAAUUAUUCAGCAUCUUACUGAUUAUGGUGAUUGUUGCCACAUUUGUUCUUUCAGGUUUCUUCUUGUCGAGUUCAUGGACAACAACACCGAAAACAAUGGAGCACAUUCCAGGAAGCCUGGGGUGGCCUGCUGUUGGUGAAAGCUUCUCAUUUAUAUCUGAUUUUUCUAACCCAUCUGGCAUUUACAGCUUUGUGAAGGAGAGGCAACAGAGGUAUGGAAAAGUUUUCAAGACUUUUGCGUUGGGGAGAUACACUGUGUUCAUGACUGGGAGAGAAGCAAGCAAAAUAUUGUUAACUGGAAAAGAUGGGAUGGUGAGUUUGAACCUUUUUUACACAGGGCAGCAAGUUCUUGGCCCAACCAGCUUGCUCCAGACCAGUGGAGAAGCACACAAACGGCUGCGACGGCUGAUUGCUGAACCACUUUCGGUUGAUGGCCUGAAAAAAUAUUUUCAGUUUAUUAACACACUGGCAAUUGAAACACUGGAUCAAUGGCCUGGAAGAAGGGUGCUGGUUCUUGAAGAGGCUUCUACAUUCACUCUGAAAGUGAUAGGCAACAUGAUAAUGAGCUUGGAACCCACCGGUGAGGAGCAGGAAAAGUUUCGGGCCAAUUUUAAACUCAUUUCUUCCUCAUUUGCUUCCUUGCCAUUGAAGCUCCCAGGAACAGCUUUCAAUCGCGGUAUCAAGGCUCGGGAUAGAAUGUAUGCCAUGUUGAACUCUAUGAUUUCCGGGAGGAGAAGUGGCAAAAGCUUCCAACAAGAUUUCCUUGAGUCCCUGAUAAUCAAACAUAGCAAAACAGGAGACACAGAUGAUACAGAAGAUAAACUCACUGAUAAACAAUUGAAGGACAAUAUAUUGACUCUACUAGUUGCAGGACAUGACACCACAACUGCUGCUCUCACAUGGUUCAUCAAAUUCCUUGAAGAAAAUCCUGCUGUUUUGGAACAACUCGGAAAGGAACACCUGGAAAUACAAGCAAACAGAAAGGAUAGUGCAAAUCUUACCUGGUCCGAAGUCAACAAAAUGCCUUACACUGCCAAAGUGAUCAGUGAAACUCUUCGUAAAGCAACAAUUUUGCCUUGGUUUUCAAGAAAAGCUGCUGAAGAUUUCGAGAUUAAUGGAUGCAAAAUCAAGAAAGGAUGGUCGGUAAACCUGGAUGUCGUUUCUAUUCAUCAUGACCCGGAAAUUUUCCCAAAUCCUGAAAAGUUUGAUCCCUCCAGAUUUGAUGCACCUGUGAAGUCUUUCAGCUUUCUCGGAUUUGGCAGUGGACCGCGAAUGUGUCCUGGAAUCAAUCUGGCUAAACUGGAAAUCUCCAUUUUUAUCCAUCACCUAGUCUGCAAAUACAAGUGGACACCUCUGGAGAAAGAUGACUCUGUUCAGCCGACACUUGUUCGAAUGCCGAAAAACAAGUACCCAGUUGUCGUAGAGCCGCUGUAAAGCUUUCUUGCAGUAGAAUAUUCAUGUCAAAUAUGGAGAUGAAAGGGCAAGAGACAAGUAAACAGUAGAAAGACAGAAGCUAAACAGAGCAAGUAGAGAUACAAGAUUUGGACCAGAGCAGAAGCAAGAUAACAGAUUUAACUUUCUGCAUAUCCUGCAAUAUGAUAAAGUUUAUAUUUUCCAUUAUAAACAUAAAUUAUGAAUAAAUUAUUCCAUCAGGGAUAAGUUGUACUGAAUAAAGC